UCUGUGCGAGUUACGUGAAUGCUACUGGCUUACAUUGGUGACUGCUGCACAAUGCGUACUCGUGUGUAAAGAUUGUUUAUAUUGUCAACAGUGCGUUAUCUCGUAUUUAAACAACAUUGGCUGACAAAUGUUGAGGUUAUAACAAGAAUCGCCGCGUCAUGUAUCGUGCCGUUCUUCGUCGGCGAAAUUUGUGUGAUCGCGACGAUUAAAAAAAUGCGCGCAACAACAAGUGGAUUACAAAAUCGCGUUGUGACGGUAGAUCGGUCGUUAAUUGCAAAUCGCUAAUUUGCAAUGCACAAGAAGAUGAGCGUGCGUACGCAAAGAGUGUUCCUAUGCCUGUUAAUAGUCGGCGUUCUUUAUUUCGCCCAGAUGUGCAUCUGGCCCGUGAAUAAGUCUGAGCACAAGAGCGAUGUGUCCCUGAAACAGCUUCUCGCCGGCGCGAUAAAAGCGGCCGAGAUUGGCGGGUUUGAGGUAAUGGCAGUCCAUAAUCAGGUUCAAUUCAAAAUCGAAAGCAAAGGUCAAACAAAGGAAGGUGUAAAUGAUCCGGUAACGGCAGCAGAUUACAGAUCCCAUUGUGUUAUGUAUGGUUCUUUAACAAAAGCAUUCCCAGGAAUUACUGUGAUAUCCGAGGAAACUUCACAAGAUUGCGAUAAGAUUGUAAUAGAAGAUAUAAAGAAUUCUCUUAAAAGUAUAAACGAUUAUGAUUUAAACGACGAAAUUGUAGACAUUAAAGAUGUUACAAUUUGGAUAGAUCCUCUUGAUGCUACCAAAGAAUUCACAGAGAAUUUGUUACAUUAUGUGUCUACUAUGGUAUGCAUAGCUGUUAAGGAAAAACCAGUUAUUGGUGUUAUAUACAAACCAUUUGAGACAAGCCAACACAAUUUAUACUGGGGAUGGAUUAAUCACGGUACAUCGAGAAAUUUGAAAAAUUUGACCAAGACAAAAAAAGACAAUGAAAAACCUGUUUUGAUUGUAUCUCGUUCACAUGCCGGACAAGUAAAGAAUACAUCUAGAAUCGCCUUUGGCAAUAAUGUGGAGAUUAUUUCUGCAGCUGGUGCAGGAUAUAAAUUUUUAGAGGUAGCUGUUGGUAAUGUAACGGCAUAUAUUCAUACAACCGAUAUUAAAAAAUGGGACAUAUGUGCAGGCACAGCAAUUCUUGGGGCUUUAAAAGGAACAGUAACACAAUUAUAUGAGCAAGAACCGAUCUAUUUUGGAGCAAAGGAUCCCAAAGUACUUACAAAAGGUCUCUUUGCAAUUAUGAAUUAGCUUUAAAUGACUGUACAUGUAUGAUAUAAGACUUCUUACAAUUAUUUCUAUCUGAUCUUCCGUAAUCAAAAUCAAAGUUUGUAUAUAAAAUUUUAUCUAUAUAAGAAAAUAAGACUAAAGAUUUGUCUAUUUUAAUUGAUAAAAACAUUGUUUUAUAGUUUUAUGUAAAAAAGUGACGUAUCCUCUAACAAUGGUAUCAUCUUGUCAAGUAUUUCUUCUAAAAAAAAAUAUUUCUCAUAUGUAUAAAAAUAAAUUUUUAAGCCUUUGUAUUUAUA